AGUUGCUUACAAUGUGUUGUUUCUAUUUUUAGUGACAUGCGUGCAGGAAAUAUUUUGACAUUAAAAGAUGCUUGUAAAGUUGAAAUGUUAAGAAAACACAUCUAUGAAGGAGUAGUACAACAAUAUGGACUUCAACGUGUCGUUUGUGAAAAACGCAAUGGAAAUGAACCUAUAGAAAUAGAAAUAGAUGCUUUUUACGUGGGUCUAGCACUGAAUUAUGUGGAUACAAAAUGGAACGAAAAAUAUAUUUUCAGUUGGGACGAAGAUAGUCUUGAAAACGUAUUACGCAUGCUUGUAACUGAAUUCAAGACAAAUUUUCUGGAAAAACUGUUGGAUCUGUACAAACCUCAUUCUUUUAUCACUCAGAAACUUGAAAAAAUAGCUGAUACCAUCUGCCCUGAGCAACAAUACCAUGAAAAGUACCCUGAUUUUCUGCCAAAUGAUAAAUUAGGCUGUUUUAUAAGACUGUUUAUACACGCUCUUGAGAAAAGACAAUUCAAAGCAUCUUUGUUUUACUGGACGAAACAGGAGCGUCUGAUUUGGACGUCACUGUUUGCACGUCAUGUUUUAAAAGAAGAAAAGAGAAAACAGAAAAUCGAUAUGCUUGAAAAUGUCAAGGCCAAAUUUCAAAAGUAUAAGAGGAUUUAUGAAUGUACUGCCAUUAACAUUUUGAAAUCCUGCUAUAGAAGAAACAGAAAUAGGACUUUGUUUCUUCUGAUGAAUGUGGAUUCUAAGUGUAAACAAUCCUGCAUCACGAUAGCCUUAAAAACGAAAAACAAGCUGUUUCUAGCACAAGAAGCUUGUAUUAGGGCUAACAAUGAGAUCUGGCAAACUUAUCUUGGAGAGGAUCUGAGCACGGAACAAAGAAAAGAAGACAAUCAGACGGAGAGCAAAGCAAAGACAAAAAAAUUAGAUAAACCUUUACAGGAAGAAAAAAAGAGUGAAAAUAAAAUGCUACCGAGAGAAGUUCGUCCCGACAGGCAGACGAAGAGAGACUCUCGUAGUGAACAGAAAAAAGAAUUAGAUAAACUUUUACAUAAAGAAGAAAAUAGUGAAAUCGAAUUGGCAGAUUUUCAUGCAGACAGUAAUACAAACGUCAAUAACAAACUACCAGACACAACUCCUACUACAGUUACAAAGAAGAAAAUAAACAUCAAACAUUAUUUAUUUUCACCCCAAGGACGUUGUCGAAUGGAUAUGAUUUCCUACUUGUGGUUUCUAACAGCUUACAGUAUUCUGUUGGUCUCGACACUCCACCAGACAACGUUUCAUUGGCUGGAGGGUGUAGUCAUGGGCUAUAAAGUUAUCUUCUUCGCAAAGGAAUCUGACCAGUGUUUUCCUCAGUGCUUCAAAAGCUGGAAGACGUUUCGUCACUACAUUUGUGAUCCAUUUAACAUUUUGGACCACCUGUCAAUAUUAAUUAGCAUUAUGGCCUGGUCUCUUCGCUGGGUGGCCUUUGUCAACCCUGAAGAGGAGAGACUCAUGGUGGCAGCUCGAUACCUUCUGUGUUUAGUUUUCAUGCUCUAUAUGGUGCGAUUCCUGGAGUUCUUUUACCAGGACGAAUUUUUUGGGCCGAUUCUUGUGGUCAUCAGAAACAUGGUCAAAACCUACAUUUAUUUUCUUUUGAUACUGGCAAACAUCGUGGUGACCUACUCCGUAGUUUCAGAGAGUAUAUUAUUUCCAGAGAAGGAGCUGAAAGCAGAUAUCCUCUAUUCAGUCUUUCGCAGAGGAUUCUGGGCCAUGUUGGGAGAGUAUUUCCUAGAUGAAAUAGAGCUCUUUUCAGAUGAUACUUCUAAUAACUCUGACACAGCCAAUAGCUCUAUGAGAGGAACCCGCCCCACCGAGGACGGGAAAUACUCCAUACCAAUUUUGCUGGCAGUCUAUGUUUUAUUUGUUCAGAUACUGAUGUUUAAUUUACUAAUAGCUUUGUUCAACAAUGCUAUCUCUGAAAAUGAAACCAAAGGGAGGAUGAUCUGGAGCCACCAAAAAUUUCUGCUGACAAUGCAGUAUUCGAAAACUAAAAUUCUAUUACCUCCCUUUAUAAUUUUAUCUUUCUGCCUGAAAGAAAAAUUUGGAAAUCCAUUCAAAACAAAGAAAGGUGACAAAGUUAAUAUACUAAAGAAAUUUGAACGAGAAGCAGCAAAAAUGAUUAUAAAUCAAAUCAUCAAACAAAGAUAUGUUAACAAAUUUUCACAUGACGACACGAAAGUUGCUUCUGUUGCACAAGUCAAGAAUAUGGAGAAAAAGCUCAUGAAAUUAUCAGGCAGUUUAAGAGAAAGACGUAGAGCUAAAAAAAAUGAUAGAACGUCUUGAGAAAAUGAGUUUUAAAAAGAAAGGUCAUGGUGACUCAGAUGACACACCAAGAAAUGACCAAGAAAUCAAUGUCUCAGCUGAAGUUACUGACUGUCAGCAAGGAUCCAGCAAACUAAUAGAAGACAAGCUGAGUAACGUCGAUGGUAACUAAGAAUCAUCUUUAUAACAAGAUUAUAGAUUCAAGUCAUUUCAGUUAUGACAUCAAAAUAACUCAAAAUCUCUGACCUCUGAAGUGGUCCACCUAGAGUCUUCAUCCGGAUUCGAACACGGGAGAUCCGGUUCCAAGUGCUUUACCCCUCAGCCACAGUAUCUCCAUAUAUUUAUUUAGCGUACACUUACAUUUUUUAAAGAUGAUUAAUAAUUAUUAACCUUAUCCAUACAUUCAAAAUUAAUAACAUCUUACAUGUAAUAAAGAGAAACUAAAAAAGAUUUAUUCUUCUAACAAAAUUAGAUAAAUUGGCAACACAAAAAAAAAAACAAAUUGACCUACUUUAUUUAGGUAGUGAGCUAGCUAGCUAGAAAUGACUUGACAGACUUGGACAAGACCAAGACCUUUCCCGAUAUUGAGUCCACGGAACAGGAGAAGUGGAAAAAGCGAGUAACUGGCGCCUAAACCAGUAAGCUUCGGGCAGGAGGAGCUCGUUAGCCAUGGCUGGCUACUCACCUAGGAAAAAAGAAAACUCUGAAUUCGAGCCUAUGUUGCCUUUCAGCUAUACCCAAUCAUGGGAAAGACUUCGGGAGUCAACCCUGAGGGAAAAUCAGGAGCUGGCGACCCUGAGACAGUUUUCCAGCACACAGUCCUACACCCUGCAGAACCUGCGACGCCGUUGACCCCAAGCUAUAUCGACACUGCCGUUCCAUUUGAUACAUCAGCUGCGAUAAGAAUGUGAACUGAUGUAUGGGCGACAUCGUUCAUACCACAGUGUAAAUAUCAUGUAGAAUUAAGAAUAGGAGAAGAGUAGAGUAGAGUCACCAGUCAGUCAGUCAUCCUGGACCUGGAACAAGAG